CUCUCUUGCAGAUCCACUGACCUCCGAGGCUCCGAGGGACAGAGACCAUGGAUAUAACAAGACCACGGUGAGGGCGGCGGCGGCGGCUGAGGAGUACAACAGGUUCGGUGUGGAGACCAAGCAUCCAGCGACUGGGACGAACACAGCCCCCGAGGUACCUCCCUUGGAUUCUUUGCAGAAUUCAUCACACAACAUUGAAGUUCUAUGGGACUGCGACAGCUCUCACAAGGAAAAAGAUUACGGCGAGGGAUGGUCCACCGAUGAGGAGAUCAUGGAUCGUCUGUGGGAGGCUCCGACAAAGAUAACUCCAUUGUCCAAGAAGAAGAAAGUAGAGUUGCAAUAUAUGGAUAACUUCACCGAUGAGUUGUGUGGGCAAGAUUGUAAAAUGUCUAGGCUACCAAAGCAAGCAUGCUGGCAUGACAAAAUAUCAGGACAAGGAUCGUCGUCUGCAGCAAUAUCUAUCAAGCAUGUACUUCAAACUCCUUUGCGGGAAUAUAAAGCAGCAAGAGUAAACAAUGACGAUCACAAGGAGUCCAUCGUGGAUCUCUACCGCGGUGUGGACACGCUAUACUACUUUAUGAGAGGUUGUGAUGAGAAGCUCGAGAAUCUUCACAAGAAAGUUAUGGUGCUUUGUCAAGCUGUCAAGAAGGAAGUAUAGUGGCAAUGUGUGGAGAACUUCACCGAUGAGUUGCGUGACCAUGCAGGCAAGACAAGAUAUUAGGAGAAGGGCCCUCGUCCGCAACACAAUCUAUCAAGCAUGUACUUCCAACUCCUUCCAAAGAAUAUAAAGUAGCCAGAGCAACCAAUGAAGAUCAGUCGGAGUCCAUCAUGGAUCUCUACCGCAGUGUGGACAUGCUAUACCACUUUAUGAGAGAUUGUGAUGAGAAGCUCGAGUAUCUCCAGAAAACAGUCGUGGUACUUGGUCACGCUGUUAGCAACUCUGCACUACCACCACCAUCCAGGGAUCAAGCAUAAUUUAUGGCAGACGACAGCUCUCAAGCUUGGUGGAGGUUUGCCUCGGUAUCGUGGAUGCCUAUUUACAUUAUCUCGCAAAAAAAAAUGACGUCUCUCUUUAGUAGAAUCUUUAUUUUGUGAACUUUUUUUUUGCAAGUGUGCUAUCGUCUGCUUAGAAAAAUUAUAUGCUUGUAUCCACUGAGUGAAACAUGAUAAUGAUAUAUUUGUGUGUUGGAUA